AUGGCUCUUUUCGAUCUUCCAAACGAGCUUCUAGUUCGCAUCUCGGAUGAGCUUUGGCUCCCCGAUCUUGAGAACUUUGCGUUUGCAUCGAGGAGACUUUACCGAACAUGCCAAAAGAAAUACACCCGCCAUAAAGCUUUGAAAAAACAAUAUCAGUGUCUUGAAGUCGGGCGGUACCACACCCCAGGAUUCUCACCAAAGGAGAAAACAGAUCUUAGCGAAGGUUUCUACUACACCGAGCAUAUGAGCAUCAAAGAAACUUUGCCAGGCCUUUGGGACUUCCAUUCCAUCUCCGUGAGGAUAAAUGAAGAGCAGUCUCCUCUCGCACCCUCAUGCUCGCAAACCAUGGACAUAAAUCAACUUGAAGCCGAGUUCUCCGAUCGAGUACAUUCUUUCGGCGGAAACGCUUGGGAAAACAAAAACAUGGCCCUGUGGGCAGCAUACCUCAUGAAAGCCACCCGCAUUCACACACUAUCCCUCGAGCUCGGGAUACCAACUAGUUUCUGGAUGCGUACGUUCUUUCAAAUCAUGCUGCGAUCAACAAUGCAACACAAACAACAAAUCUUCUUGACGAACUUAAAUUGCAUCCAUAUCCAUGGUUACGAAUGUGACGCCGAUCUGAUGUUCAUUCUGACUCUACCAAGUCUCCGGCGCCUGCACCUCCACGAUGUUCUGGAGGAGUCCACUCUCCGAUGGCCAGAUAAUACCGCUAAGUCACGAGUAUCGCUGAUCACCAUGAGGGGCCGUCAUGCAGUGGCCGCGAAUGACCUUCGUGUCCUCUCUUGCAGAAUCAAAGGGCCAUGCAUCGUUCGUGUUUGCACCGAAAUAUACGAAGAAGAGGAAGGAGAAGACCAUUCUGAAGGGUGUUGUUGCGAAGACGAGGAAGGAGAAGACGGUUUGCAAGAGCAAGAGCAGGAAGAAGGACAAGAACAAGAGCAAGAGCAGGAAGAAGAACAAGAGCAAGAGCAAGAGCAGGAAGAAGAACAAGAGCAAGAGCAAGGGCAGGAAGAAGAACAAGAACAAGAACAAGAGCAGGAAGAACGACAAGGACAAGAACUUCCGAACGUAUGCUACAUUCCUGCAGAGAGUGAAGAAGAGAGAAUUCUUGUGUUUUGGAGGGAAGACCCUGAUCAGAGGAUUUGGGAUGAAGAUGAUCUGGCGGAACACGAUAAUGAUCAGCGUGGCAUGGAAGAAGUCACCGGCUUUCUAAACACGAUGAAGCGGUAA